AUGAUCCAUGGGUAUCGGAAUUUCUUAACAGCCAAAAUUAGAUCCGGAUUCAAGCGCAGGAACACUUACAUUCAAGCAAACCAUAUUUGUAGCAAAGUUGUCAAAGAAGGAACACAUGUCCUUUUCCUUCAUUUUGGGUUACCCAGAACAGAGUUCUAUGCCAAAGAAUUCCUGCGGAAGUCAGCUGCCGUUUACUAUCAGAUCCCAAAGAAAAUGGAAAAAUUUAUCCCGUCUGCUUUGAUGGUAAGCGGAAAAGUUCGGGACUGUAUAGCGAAGUAUGGGGACUCUCGUGCCAUUGAGGACUCUCUCAGCAGUUUUGCAGGGCGUGUACAAAGUUACUUGAAUACUCUCGUACCAGAGUUCGAUCCUGUGACGUGUUCAAACGCCUUUCUUUUUGAUGAACCGUCUAUCGAACAAGAGUUGAUAAACGUUGGUAGGAGCGGUUGCUCUCACAUCGUUUUGGUUCCGUUCUAUGCACAUUUCUCAUGUGCACAUUCUGGAUUUCUUCUCAAUGAGACUGCGAGAGUCCUCCAGAAGUUCACUAAACCAGCAUUCUUGAAUGGUAAAGAAGUUCAUUAUGAAAGAAUUGUACCGAAUUCGAGUAACUCCUUCCACGUAUCUGUUCUGCAUCGGUGGAGCAGUCACUCUGUUGUGAGCGAGAGAGGUUAUAACAGCAAAGAUCACCGUCGAUCUGUGUGGUCAACAUGCGAAAGAGUCAUGUCUGGUUUGAACGAUCGAUUUCCCUGGCGCCUUGGCUUUUUCAAUGCAUGGGAUCAGUGGGAUUUACCAGUAGGGGAUUCAUUAGCAAUGCAGGUUCGUCUGUAUUUUUGUUGCAUUCACUUUCGUGCUGUUGAAUUGCCCACGGGAAAACGCAUAGCGAUAGUUCCGAUCAGUUCACUGCUUCCCGAUUUCGACACGUUGUCGGUUCUUCCAAGUAUAACUCAGUCAUCGGACAAAUCCAUUCUCAUUCAACCCGAGGGCGGCGACGCAGUGCUACUCGAGGGAGUGGCCGAGGCCAUCAAGAACCACUUGCUAGGUAGAAGAAGCGCUCAACUGAGAAGUCGUUGCAACUGGUGUCGGAACAGACACUGCGAAGAAAUGCGAGCGAUGCUCGACGAUACAAAUGUGCCUUAUUUCGAGCUCAAUUUAUCCCAAGACUAUAGUGAUUGA